UUUAAUUGCAUUAUUAGGUUGAAACAUGAGUGAUUUUAAAUUCCUGGCUUAUCUUAAAUAUAUUCCUGGUAACAUUAUUAGUGCAGGACAGAGCAACUUUUCUUUCUGUCAUAUAUAAGGUUGCCAUGAGUCGGAGCCAAGUCUAUAGCAACUAACAACAACAGAUUAUCACUGCUAUCUAGGGAAAAAGUAAGCAACCAGCACACUGUAAGAAUGAUGCUUUAUUCAUCUUUUGGCCAUAGGUUUGCUUUAAGGAACAGCGCUCUCUUUAGAAUGGAAGAAAUCUACUUGUCUCCUAAUUGGUGGGGUUCAGGCCUAAGAUGGCUGACUAAAUAAACAUGGGGGACUGGAACUUCCUUGGAGGUAUUCUGGAGGAAGUUCACAUCCACUCCACCAUGAUUGGAAAGAUCUGGCUCACCAUCCUGUUCAUAUUUCGAAUGCUUGUUCUGGGUGUAGCAGCUGAAGACGUCUGGAAUGAUGAGCAGUCUGGCUUCAUCUGCAAUACAGAACAACCCGGCUGCAGAAAUGUAUGCUAUGACCAGGCCUUUCCUAUCUCCCUCAUUAGAUACUGGGUUCUACAGGUCAUAUUUGUGUCUUCACCAUCUCUGGUCUACAUGGGCCAUGCUUUGUACCGACUGAGAGUUCUGGAGAAAGAGAGGCAGGAGAUGAAAACUCAGUUGAGAAGAGAACUGGAAGAGGUUGAAUUUGAAGUAACUGGGCAUCGGAGGAGACUGGAGCAGGAGCUUUGUCAGUUGGAGCAAAGAAAACUAAAUAAAGCUCCGCUCAGAGGAAUGUUACUUUGCACUUACGUGAUACACAUUUUCACUCGCUCUGCGGUUGAAGUUGGGUUCAUGAUUGGACAGUAUUUUUUAUAUGGAUUUUACUUAGAGCCUCUAUUUAAAUGCCAUAGCCACCCAUGUCCAAACACGAUUGAUUGUUUUAUCUCAAGACCAACAGAAAAAACAAUAUUCCUAUUGUUUAUGCAGUCCAUAGCCACUGUUUCACUUUUCUUAAAUGUUCUAGAAAUUGCUCACCUAGGUUUUAAAAAGAUUAAAGGAGGGCUUUGGGGACAAUAUAAACUGAAGGAUGAACAUAAUGAAUUCUUUGCAAACAAAUCAAAACAAAAUCCUACCAAAUAUAAGAGCGUAUCUGCAAAUUCACUGAAGGGACUCCCUUCUGCACCUGAUUAUAACCUGUUAGUGGAAAAGAAAACACACAAAACAGUGUAUCCUAGUUUCAAUUCAUCUUCUGCAUUGCAGGUAGACCCUGACAGUUAUAGUGGAAAUGAUGAGAAAUGCAUUUUGGAUGAACAGGAAACUGUACUUUCUAGUAAGAUGCACACAAUUAGUACUACUGGUAGUCAUCUUCAACACAUCAACUCAAAUAAUGAUGGAACUCAUAAAAUAUCUGGAAAAGAUGUGGAUGACAACCAGGUAAAGGAAAGAAGAGAAAACUUUGGCACAGACAGUGAAAGGUGCCAUUACUCUAAAGGUGUUUCUGUAGAUUUGGAAAACCACGUGUCACAGUCACCCCAAAAAGUUUUCUCUCUGCCAGCUAACUGCAACUGGAAACCAAAGAGGCUUAGUGCUACAUGGAGACCCUUUACAGAGGAUCAAAACCAGAGACUACCUCCUAAAGGUAGCCUCCAGGGCCCGUUUGGAGAGGGCACCAUCAGAACCCUUUCUCCUUUACAGGGAGACUCCCGACCACUUGACAUUCCAGGCACUCCUGACUCUUGGGGAGAGUUGUCCUUUGAGACUAAGUUUGUCAGAACCUGCAAAAAUCCUAGUGCUUAUCCUUCAAAUCAUUUAGUGUCUCUGACAAACAACGUCAUCGGUAGGCGGGCACCCACAGACCUUCAGAUAUGAACAGCUUUUGGCUUUUAGACAUUGUGCAUAUUAUAUUACAGAAGUGGCCUAGUGGGGAUGGAGCAGGGAGAAUAUAGGGACAAAGACAGCUCUGAGGACCAGCUGUUAAGACAACUGUAAACUCAUUUAAAAAAGGGAAACAAAAAAACCACCUAAUGUGUUGCUAAGGAGUAGAUUCUGACUCAUGGUGACCCCGUGUGUUACAGACAAGAACUGUUCAAUAGAGUUUUCUUAGACAGAGCAGAACUGUUCAAUAGGAUUUUCUUAGCUGUAGUUGUAUGAAGGCGCCCUGGUGGUACAGUGGUUAAGAGCCCAGCUGCUAACCAAAAGGGUAGCAGUUUGAAUCCACCAGCUGCUCCUUGGAAACCCAAUGGGGCAGUUCUACUGUGUCCUUUAGGAUCACUACAUAAUCGACUUGAUAGCAACGGGUUUAAUUUUGGUUUUCAGUCUUAUGAAUGGAAAUCAUCAGGCCUCUUCUUCCACAGCACCGCUGCUGGGUGGGUUCGAAUUGCCAACUUUUAGGUUAGCAGUUGAGGGCAAACUAUGCCACCCAGGGACCUUCAAGAAGGGAAAAACAGCUCUAAUUCUGAGUUGUGAAAGGACAGUUUAAAUUCAAAAACCUAAAAUUACCAAAUCAGGCAUGGUUCUCAUCAGAAUGUGUGAAAACAGAUUUUAGGAAAAUCAGUGUUCCGA